AUGAAGGGUCUGUUCAAGACGAAGCGCGCACCCCCACAGGAACGACCUCGUUCACCCAUCCAUAUCCCCGAAAUCCUAGAACGCAUCGUCUCCUUUAUCGACACGCCCGCCGACAACCUUGCAGUCCUCCAAGUUUGUCGAGACUGGCACCGAAUGUUCCACCACCUCUUUGUCCGCGAAGUUGUCGUCGACUACGGACUGGAACAACAACAGGGUCUCCUCUCGUUCUUCUCGUCAAAGGCAUCGACAGCAGCACUGGAAAACCUUCCAACUGCGGGGAGCCUGCGUUGGUAUGAUGGGUUCGGUAGAUACUAUGGACUACAUGAUGUGGAUCCGCACAAGGAAAGACGUUGGCAGGCAUUGGUGGAUGCUCUGCAGAGGAGCCAUGAGUUGAACCAAUGGCGACAGAAGCAACCUUCGAACCCGCGGUGGCUCCUAAAGGAUGUCAGCCCACUUCGACACCUGGAGAUCAGCGGAAGACAAGGCCUCAGGGACGGCUUCCCGAUGCUACUACCCUUCCUGGGGUCCUUGACGCGGCUGUGCCUGCAAUGGGGUGGACCCAACGCCUCCGUCUCGAUGUCAGACGUGUUUCGAUCCUCUCCUCUCCUCGAGACAGUCUCGUUCACAACCCGAGGCUACCUACUCGUUAAAGGACUCGAGUCCAUUCCUGCUGGAGCCCCUCUCCGACUGCGGUCCCUCAGUCUGCGAAGAGUACAUCUCUUACAGUGGCACUUCGAGAACCUGCUCUCGGCCACACCCAAGCUCGAAGCCCUGCGACUGGUCGACAUGCGCACAAACAACACCGCCUCGGCGCAGUACAGUCUCUCACGGCUCGUUCAGUCCCUCCAGAAUCGGUCCAUCCGACUCUCGACUUUUCAUGUUCACCCCACGGCCUUCCGCGAUGGGGUCCUCGACCUGGAGUUGUCAGACGUCAUGUAUGAGCUGGAUCUGACUCUGACUGGAUGGAGCUUUUGGGGUGGCGACCUAACAGACAAGAUCCUUUCUUCCCUGAGAAGCCUUCACAAUGUGGUGACAACGCUCGAACUCCAUAACAUUGACUUGAGUGCGACAGGACCUAACUGCCGCCUCCAUCAAUACCUCUGCAAGUCUCCACACCUGCUUCAUCUACGGGCGCCUAGGACUGCAAUCAUGGUCGAGGCCCUGGACGUUCAUGCUCGAUCUCAUAUCAUCCACAAGGGGUAUUUGGAGGUCGAGAGGGACAAGGGCAAGGUGAAUUCCGACCGAGAGUGGAACCAGUUCAGGGUCGCUUGUAAUCAUGGACAGACACAGGUGUGGAUGUGUCGAAAACUCCGGACGUUGCACUGCUCGAUCUACAGUCGAACAGAGCCCGAGUUCACGUCGCCAGCCCGGUCCCGAAUUGUCUUUGGCUACUUCUCCAGGAUCUGCCCCAAUUUGCAGGACCUUCAAAUCAGCAUGCCAAUUCAGCACAACGUGAACGGAGCUAUUGUCUAUCCGAAACUGGAUCUGAGGUUGGAGGGUGGGUUAUGUCUCUUGACAAGGAUGAAGCACUUGUGCAUCUUGAGGCUUGAGUCUCUGGAGAGGAAGCCGUCUUGUCAACCUAAGGACCUCGGUUGGAUCUUGUCGUGGGAAAGUCAGAAGGAGAAGAAGGAGAGUAAACAGCAAAGGGCUUUGAGGAGUGCGACAGUCGAGGGCUGGAUUGACUGGCUCAAGACCGAGGAGACAGAUGAUAAUCACUGGAGGAAUGAUUUUGCGACUGUACGAUGGAGGCCCAAAGACGACCCUGUCGAUGUUGAUGAGCCGUGGCUGAAGGAGGACUUGAAGACUAUGGGUCUCUUGCUGGACGUCAAGUUGUUGCUGGACGAGAUGGAUUGUCCGGAUGAUGGUGUUGAAUAUCGUUGCUGGCCAGCACUUCGUCAUAUCUCGCUGAAUUCCCCUGGAGAGAGUGCCCUGUCCCCCGAGAAGGAGUUUCGGCGCCUCUUUCCCUCUCGAUUCGACAUUAUCCGUCCCAUCCGUUAG